GACGCUACGCGGCUACCUUCGAGCGCUGGCAGCCUGGCACAGUGUGUUAACAUUCUUGACACGACGUCUGCGUAACGUUGCCUUGUCUGAGCAUGUUAACGCUUGUCACUGUGCGCCAAGGCAUGUCAUAACUUGUCACUGCAUAAAACUUGGCUGGUGAGCGUCUGAAGAAGUUUAAUUAACUCAAAUACGUAAUCGAGCUCGGAGCUGCCUCACGAUCGUCAGCGAACAGGUCUUCAACGCACUUGACAAUGACGAGCCUGUUCUGCAAACCAUGCAACAAGACGCUGUCUGGGCCAGCGCCUUAUUUGGACCACAUCAAGAGUGCAAAGCAUCAAAAGAGAGUGGCGAGCCUUGAGAAGCUGGAGUCCUUCCUUGACGAUAAAGGAGAGCCGGCCGGUGCUGCUACCAGUGUGCCCGUACCCGAAAACAAUCCAUUCGAAUGCAAGGUUUGCAGGGUGUCCACAAACUCCCUGGGUUCGUUGGAAGCUCACAACAGGGGAAAGAAACACCUGAAGGCACUAAAAGUCCAAGAAGAUCUUCAAAAGUUGAACGCCACUAUCUUACGAGGUGCACCUGUCGUGCCACAGGAGCACGCCACCUCUUCGGUUCCGAGCCCCCAGCAAAGAAAGGUGGCUCCGAGCGCAUCGGCUACCGCGCUGCAGACAGAAACUCCACAAGAGGCAUCCCCCCUAGCCACUGGCCAGCCAGAGAGAGAACAGUCUACUGGCCAGCCAGGGAAAGAACUGUCUACUGGCCAGCCAGAGAAAGAACAGUCUUCAACUCGGGGCGUGGACCUGUCGUGCGAUUGCUGCGGGAUAGUGCUCUUCAAGAACAUCGAGUACAAGCUAGAGCACUUGGAGACAGACGCGCACAAUCAGAAACGGCUGUCCCAAUCCAUCGAAGACCAAGAGCCGGCUCCGAAGAAGCCCAGGCUUGAAGCUGUCGUGGAGACAAGUAGAGUCGCUAAGAUCACGCCUGUCGUAGCGGCGGAGAGAGACGGUUCCUCCGACAAUGACUCUUAUGACGAAAAUACCUACGAUUGGACAGAAGAACAUGAGGAAGAAGAGGCACCGGACAUUGUUGACAUCGAUGAGGAUCUAUACUCACCGGGAUCUGUAACCAGCGACUGAAACGGUCUGCUCGUGACAGGGAACGUUAUGGUCCCUUGAUGCUCACCCGCGGUGGCGUCUCGUGCUUUGUCUCCUGAUUAAUUUAUGUAUUUGAAGAGUUUGCCAGCACUGCCGGUGAACGUUGGUUGCGAGCUCGUGGCUUUCAACCUUGAUUUGCUGCAGUCUCUUCUCUUACUAUGCUUAUUGCUUGUUUAAUUCACUUGUAGCUGGCAGCCCGACUUUGUUUGUCGAGGUGGCGCCAAGGCACAUGCAUACAUCCCACAUGGUACAGAGACGUGUGACGGCCGCUUUUAUGUAAUAGUUGCGCCUCUAGCCAUCACACGCAUCCGUUCGUGGCCGAUGUUACCGUUUCGCCCUUUCUCUACAGUGCAUGCAGUCUCUCGAAGAGGAACCGUCCCUUCAUACAAGGGGGUCCGGUGAAGUGUACUUUUAAUUGGUGUCAGCCAAAAACUAUUUAUGGAUGGCUGCGUCCCAAAGAUUGUUAACAAUGCUUGUCUUCAGAAAAUGAUUUCACGUGGUCAAAACUCCAUGAAAUGCGACUAACAACUAUAGUGGGGAUGAUAAGACGCCCCAGCGAUUUUCGCGGAUCCGAGCUGCCGUGUCCUGAAGCCGGUGUGAACGCGAGACUAUACUUGUAUAUGGAACUAUAGUAAUAAAUGUGUUCGGUCGUAAUUUGUGAAGUAUUCGACCGUAGUUGUCUCCUAUAUCAAUCUAUCCGGGCUAGCCUCUUCCUCUUUCCGUGUUUCCUUUCCCUCUCGUUAAUUAUACACUUUGUAUACACCAACGCGAACACACCACUGCUGUAGCGCUGCUGUCGGAGCAUCUGCGAACGCUUUUUUUUAAUGCUGAUCUGGGUUCUGCACACGCGCAUUGCCCACACCUGGAAAUGCAAACGUGUGUAAACGCGUACGGUCGCGGAAAAUGCUUUGCGUCUGAUAACUCCGUUUCGGCCUCUUUUUGUACAACUUAUGGGACUGAAAACGUAUUGUACGUGCUUAGUUUGCAUGUGGAUGGUUGAGCAUGUUGGUGUCUAAACUACUAUAACGAAAGAGGGACAUGGAAGACAAUAUAGACGACAUAGGCUGGACCGUCUGCAUCGUCUUCUUUGUCCUUUCGUUAUUGUAAUCUUUUCUGCCUCGUUUUAAUAUCCACCUUUUGUGUGUGAUUUUCUUCCAAGCUACUGUUUUGCUGUCUGACUAGCAGGCGUACUUUCGACCAAAGUGUUCCACAACGUGUUCCUAUUCUGCUUGCGGUAAUCUCAAAUAAAGAGUAUCUGUUCA